GUUUUUUUCAAUAGUUGUCAGAGCCUUGGGUCACUCGCUAGUCGUCGCGAGGCAUCUUCCACUCCCUUUCUUUCUCUCUACGUCUCCCCGUCCUCCACCAUCGGGCUCCAGCAUCCUUUAACGUAGGCUAAUAAAAACGUGGACCAUUUUUGAGGUAAUAGGCUAACCCUCUCGAUUCGUCGCCCGUUUGAGGUCUCAAACCAAACCACAAAUCUCCACGCUUCUCUCCUCAAAGUUCAACACUCCAACUCUGACCAUGUCCGGCGAAGACGCACCUGCUCAGCAGCAAAACGCCGAGGAGCAAAAGCAGCAGCCGCAGGAGACCAAGACGCUCGACGAGUCCCCGAAAACCGAGAGCAAACCGGACCCGCCGCCCGCCAGCGCGUCCACUGAAGCAGCUGCCGCCGACGCCGCCGCCACCCCAGCGCCCGCAGCUGAGAAAGCUUCAGAGGAGGACACGUUCAGCUACCGGGCUCUGGUGCUCACCGGUUACGGCGGGUAUGAUAAGGUGAAGCUCCAGGUGAAGAAGGGGAAACCGGCGCUGAAGAGCGGCGAGGUUAUGGUGCGCGUGAAAACGUGCGGGCUCAACUUCGCAGAUCUGAUGGCGAGACAGGGACUGUAUGACAGGCUCCCGUCCCCGCCGGUGACCCCGGGCAUGGAGUGCUCCGGGAUAAUCGAGGCGCUUGGGGAGGAUGUGACAGACCGAAAAGUGGGUGAUAAAGUUCUGGUUCUGAACCGGAGCGGCAUGUGGCAGGAAUUUGUGGUGGUGCCAGCCGCGCACACCUUCUUGAUGCCUGAGGGAAUGAGCUUUGAGGAUGCAGCAGCUCUUCCUGUUAAUUACAUCACUGCCUACUUGAUGCUCUUCGACUUUGGGCACCUGCGCCCCAACCAGAGCGUACUUGUCCAUAUGGCCGCAGGUGGGGUUGGUAUUGCAGCCACUCAGUUGUGCAAAACCGUGAAUGAUGUUACAGUAUUUGGCACCGCAUCGGCCAGCAAGCACGAGGUCAUCAGUGAGGGAGGAGUCACGCACCCCAUCGACUACAGGACACGUGACUAUGUGGAGGAAAUCCGUAAAAUAAACCCCAAAGGGUUGGAUAUUGUUCUUGAUCCUCUGGGAGGUUCUGACACCAACAAAGGCUACAACCUGCUUAAACCAAUGGGGAAGCUCAUUAGCUAUGGUGCCGCUAACAUGUUGUCAGGUCAGAAGAAGAAUCUGUUUGCGGUUGCUAAGACCUGGUACCAGCAGUUCUCCGUACACACUGCAAGUCUGGUCCAAGGGAAUCGCUCAGUGUGUGGGUUUCACCUAGGGUACCUGGACUCUGAGACCGAGCUCAUCGCUCAGGCCAUGACCGUGAUCCUGGACCUGUACCAACAGGGCAAGAUCAAGCCCCGAAUUGACUCCACUUACCACCUAGAACAGAUCGGCGAUGCCAUGCGUAGGAUGCAAGAGAGAAGCAACAUCGGUAAAAUCAUCCUCACCACUGAACCCAUGAAGGAGGAGGAGAAAAAGGAGGAGGUCAAAAAAGACGAGGAGAAAAAGAAAGACGACAAGAAAAAGGAUGACAAGAAGAAGGACGACAAGAAGAAGGAGGAUGCCAAGAAGGAUGAGAAGAAAAAAGAGGAGCCCAAGAAAGAGGAGCCCAAGAAGGAGGACAAGAAAGCGGAAGAGAAGAAAGAGGAAGUCAAGAAAGAGGAGAACUGAGUAGAGAACCAAGUGGAUGUGAUGUGAUUUGUGUUUGUGUGAGGGGUUUUGGGAGUGGUCUGCGUGUGCGUGUGUGUAUGUAUGUGUGUGUUAUAUUUGUGUGUGUGUGUGUGUGAAUGGGGGGUGUAUAGUGUAAUUAACUUAACCCCAGGUAUUUUCUCUGACAUUAGAUCUGCAAUUAUUCAAUCAGCAGAAUUUUAACUCUAAACGCACACACACACAAACACACACAUUGUACACUAAGGGAUCACACCACUAUAUUGUGCUAUUGUAACCUGGUAGUGUUUUUUCCAAGUUCCUCUGCAUUCUGCGAUGUCGUUUCUAACUUUUCUCGUAUGACUGCACGCUGUUAAAGCGUGUUAGGGCAGUAUUAUACUUUUAUAAAUAUCAAUGCAAUGUUUACUCAACAAAUGUCUUGAAUUAUUUAGUGAAUUAACCUUAUUCUGCACCCUGUCAAAGUAUACUACCAUGUUCUCUAUUGUUAUUCCUGCCAAACUAAUGCACUAUAAAAUUAUUGUAUUCCACUGAAAAAAAAUCUGUAUCUUUUCAGACGCAAACCAAAAACCCCUCCCAUGUUCACUCUCUACACCCCCCGUGUGUUUGUGUACCGCGCCUGCCUGGGUUUAGCAGGAGCGCCGUUACCGUGACAACGUCCACCCUUUUCCACCAACCCCUCCCCUAUCUGUUAUGAAGAGGCUGCACUUGUUUGAUUUGCCGUACGUCAUCAAAAGCGCUCGAUCAUCUCUGCCCACCCAAAUCACCCUGGACGAGCACUGGCACAUUGAACAAGGGCACCCACCUACGCUCACAUUGUUUAUGUUGUAUUCCCAUUGGGCCAGGCUCACUGACAUGCACCCGACUCCAAAAACCACCCUGACUCGUCCAGGGGGUGAUGGCGAUACAAGCAUAUAUCUGUAUAACUUUUCCUUAAAGUAAAUGGGGACCCAAUUUGAGACAGUACAUUAUUACAAAUGCGACACCAUGAAAGUGGUCCACAUAAAUAGCGUGUGCACAUUAAAUUCCGAGUCUUUACGCUAAGCUAUUGCUCGGGGUUUAUUAGUCGGGGCACUUUGCAAUUUAACUUAACCUCGGUCCCCAUUCACUUUAAUUGAAUGGAAAACAGACCAAGAUGUUUUUUAAACAGCCAUAUGGAUUUGAAUAUUCAUUUGGGUGAGCUAACCCUUUAAGCCUCAAUCGCUACCGCAUCAAUGUGCCAUGUCAUUAGACGGGGCAAGUGAUAGGAUUUUAAUGAGCCUAGCUGGCAAACAGGACCAAUUAUAGAAAACAUUCUCUCUCGCUUUCUCUCAUUGUAUGAACUCUGAGACGUGCAAGCAUACGGAGGGUCAGAUAAAGACAGGAGUGGCCUUUCAUAACACAAACUCCUCCAGGAUUCCGCAGGACAGUGGCGUUUGCCGCCCUCAUUCCAGUGACGGAUCGCCCUGACCUGCAUCACACUUGUUGCACGUAGCGUUUAAAUCUGCUCCUCUAACUCUUCCUCCUUCCGUUACCCUUUUCGUCAUUGUGGUCGGCAUGGCAACAGCAGUAAGGCCAGAUAAAGAUGACAGUCAGGUCUAACCCUUACAUCCCUGACAGACACACACACAACAUCCUACUAGUACUACUACAGCCCAUGGAGGCUUUCUUUUAUACGAUACGCCUUUUUUGCUUUAAUAAACAUAUUUAUUUAACUCCCUGCGAUAUCCAACGGUUGUGGUUACUCUCUCAGUGUCAAUCAAACUCUCUGGCCCCUCCUGCCUCUCUGUAGAACGCAGUGAUCUGCUGCCCCUACUGGUGAUUUGUAUGCAUUGCAGUGCUAUCAUUCAAGACACCUGCUGACUGUUUUUCCGUCGUGCACUGAGUCUGUUACAUGUCAGUGAUCAACUGUUUACGUGAAACGAACCAGACCCCUCUUCUUUAUGUACGUUUGUUGUAUGAGAGUCGGUGCGUGUGUGUGUGUCUCUGUAUUUGACUGUCUGUCCUCAGGUCUUGUCAGAUAUAAAUUCAAACGUUUUUUUUUCUUUGUCACUCUACCUCCCUCAUGCUACCUUAUGCUUUUUAUUUUUUGCAGUUCACUAAAAAAACUAAAAUAUGUACUUUCAGCAACCUGAGAGUUUUCAGUUUUUGGGUGAACUGUCUCUCUCUUUCUGACUUAACUCUUAUUCCAGCCCCUGCAAAUGGCCCAUGUUGGUUUGCUAUCGUUUGCACUUUGCUUGUACUUCUAGAGAUGGCGGUCCCACUCCCAAUCCACUGUGUUUGAUUACGCUCCAGGUUUUCCCUCAGUUCGAGUCACAUUUUCUCUCCCACCAACACAUUCCUCUUUAUGCCACUCUUAACACAAGAACCAUGUGUUGGAAAUGCAUAGAUGCUAGUUAGUGGGCCAACCUUCAUGUUCAUUUUUGUGCUAAGACUUCACACUACAUUGCCACUGCCAUCUGUUUUACUUAUUGCUCUGUCCCAGAAUGCACUGGGGUGGGAGUGGCACCCAUUUCCAGCUUGGGACGUGAAAAUGAAUUCUGUUUAACUUUCGUUUUGAGUUUUUGUUUUUGUUGUUUUCUGCUGGUUGUGUUUCUGUGACCCUAACUAACACUUCAGUAAAAAUGUUCGUCCUCUUUGUAUUAUGUUUGUUUUGUGGUCUGCAUUUGAGUAAUUUUUGUGUUCAAAAAGCUUUGCUGCAGUUCCUCUAAAAUGUGAUGAUGAAUCCUAUUUCGUUGGUCCUGACCGAGUGUGCCAAACUUUUUUCGUGGAGGCGUGACCUUCGCUAUAACUGUGCUUACUGUACUGAAGAAAAAAAUGAAAGAGAAAGAUAAAUCUUUUUUUGUGGUUAUUGUCGAAAUGAUCUUGCAGUAAAAGACCUAAGAAUCUGAAUUUGCUCCUGUCGUGUGUGGUCCACGCCCUGAAUAUUAUUGGUGCUGACUGAUUUCUGACUUUUCCGCUAACAUUUAAAUUCAUGCAAAACCUCUCGUUCUCACUGUGCCUCAGUCGUAAACCAACACCAGAUUGCCUCCACGCAUGUUUAUACACAAAUGCUCGUACACACAGACGCUAGUUUUCCUUUGUAUCCGAUUUCGGCUCUGCUCUCCUAAAGGGCUGAUAUCAGGUUCCACUGAUCCAGAUCAGGUAUACUGUUGUUUAUGAAUACUUCUGUGUAUUGUGUGCACUAGUGGUUUAUUAGGCAGGUUGGGCGGUCGCAAUGUAUUAGCCUAUGACUAGAGUUAACCCAACAACAAAAAAUGUCAGUUGAAACAAACGAACACAUUUUUCAAGCAUUGAGAUACGUGUAACAAUCCUGGCUGUCAUUAUUGUUCAGUCUAGUUGUGUGGUGUUUCAUUGUUGCUGUUUUUCCUCAACAAUCCAAACAUAAUUCGUAAUGGCAUGGUCAACUUAACAUUCUAGAACUCCAAUAUGUCAAUUCCAGCAGCAUCGUUCCGGUUCUGGAUCACAUCUCGGCUGCUUAUGACUUGAGAAUGGCUAUAGACUCCGUUUUAGUUACUUGGCUCUGUCUGCAUGGCUAAUAUUAAGCACCACUGGAUCCAUUCCGAGACCUCAUGUAUAAGACACAUCCAACAAUGACAUCUGGGUGAGGAAGAAUUCAUUAAAUCUCUCAAGGUUUAGAUACAUUGUAAGAUGAUGGUUUGGGAAUAUUCUUCCUCUUCCUUUUUUGGAGCGCACGCGAUGAGCUCAGAUGCAGGUGUGACUGUCUCCCGUGAAUAUGGAAUUGUGCGACUGGGAGCCAAGCUGCUUCCUUCCUCGGACCCUCAGUCCAAUAGCUUUCACAGAACAGGAAACACCCACAGAGUCUAGAAUUCCUUAAACAUGCACCCCUAACCAAUGCUGAAAAACCUUAUGUCUAGACAAUAGUUAGAGUAUUAGAUACUUAACUAUAGUGCAGUUUAGUAUGCCUGUAUCUUAACAGUGAAAUGUAUGUAUUUAUGCAUCAAUACAAUCACUAUGAAAGGCUGGCGGUAGAAUUUUAACUCAAAAUUUACACCGUGAUGCUCAGCGUAACAUCUUACUAUCUCUUAAAAUGUAUUCUGCACGCAUUGCAUUAUGAUAAAUGACACUUUUUGUACAAGCAGAUGCAUACGUAUAACAAAAAUGCCUGGUGACUUUGGAGACGGGAACAUUUUUGAAAGACGAGCCCUCAAAUUUUCUCAGCACUCUGAAUUAUAGUUCCAGGUUUUCUGCUCGGCUUUUUAGCCAAUCAGAUGCCCCAGCUGACAUUCCUGUUCACUGAUUGGUUAGACAUUCAAAACCCCUAUUCGUCAGCAUUAAGUCACCCCCCACACACGUCAGAAAAGCACCGCAGGUUGUUUUUGUUGUUGUUUGUUUUUUUUGAAACCCUCAAUUUGAACUUUCUUCGUUUAAUCUCGAGUAUCUGAAGUGCUGCUGUAUCUGUGCUUGACUCUGGGUUGGUUGGACUGCGUGUGGUCGUGAGGACUGUAGAGUUCAUAAUGCUUCUGUGUGUGAUGUGACCAUUUUGCCUUACAUGUUUUCCAGGACUAAUUAAAGAGCAUAACUAAAAAAAACA